AUGCAAUUGUUGGCUGGCAUACAGGUACUUUCGGUCGGUGAUACUCCCAAGGAUCGUGCACUGUUUAAUGGAGCACAGAAAUUGUUUGGGAUGGUCAUAACAAUCGGGCAGGCCUCUGUAUAUGUGAUGUCCGGGAUUUACGGUGCUCCCAGCGAACUCGGUGCAGGAAUAUGUCUGAUAAUCAUAUUUCAGCUUACAUUUGCUGGCUUACUUGUUCUAAUGCUGGACGAGUUGCUUCAAAAGGGCUAUGGUCUGGGUUCGGGGAUAUCGCUAUUUAUUGCUACCAACAUAUGUGAAACAAUCGUAUGGAGAGCCAUCAGUCCAACAACGAUCAACACAGGCAGAGGUAAGUUUGCUUCGAGAAUUGUACAAAUGGAUUCAGGUACGGAGUUCGAAGGCGCAAUAAUUUCGUUGUUCCACUUACUGGCCACACGUACCGAUAAGGUCCGCGCUUUGAGGGAGGCCUUCUAUCGUCAGAAUCUUCCAAACCUUAUGAAUAUCCUGGCUACGGUGCUGAGCUUCCGCGUCGAUAUCGCGGUUAAGUCAAUACGUUACCGUGGUCAGUCUAGCUCCUAUCCGAUCAAGUUAUUCUACACAAGUAACGCCCCUAUCAUGCUUCAAAGUGCGCUUGUGUCAAACCUGUACGUUAUGUCACAGGUGAGCUCUUUCCAUCGCGUGUAUACUCUCUAG